CCGGCCGGGUGGGCCCUGCCUCCAGCUGCUGGUGUUUCUUUCAGGAACUUCACAUCCAUCUUCCAUCCUGAUUACGGAAACUGUUACAUCUUCAACUGGGGCAUGACAGAGAAGGCCCUCCCUUCGUCCAAUCCCGGAGUUGAGUUCGGCCUGAAGCUGAUCCUGGACAUAGGCCAGGAGGACUACGUGCCCUUCCUCACGUCCACGGCCGGCGCCCGCCUGCUGCUUCACGAGCAGAGGUCGUACCCCUUCGUCAAAGAUGAGGGCAUCUAUGCCAUGUCGGGGACAGAGACCUCCAUCGGGGUGCUGGUGGACAAGCUGGAGCGCAAGGGCAAGCCCUACAGCCAGUGCACCGUGAACGGCUCUGACGUCCCCAUCCGAAACCUCUACAGCGACUACAACACGUCCUACUCCAUCCAGGUGGGGACGCAGGGACCCCGGGGCCUGCCCACGGCCCGCAGCCCAGGGCUCGGAUCUCUGAGAGCUGGUCCCAGCAGGCUGGCUCUAUGGGAUUUUUGUCACCACAGGGUGGCUGAGUGGAUUUUGGGGCACUUGGGGCUGUGGAGCCAGUCCAGUCCCUGGGUUCUCACCAGGGCCCAGGGCUGCCCGCCUCUUGUCCCCACUCAGCAGGUGUGCCCUUGGGGAGGCCCAGGGUUGCAGUGCUCUCACUCUGGGGUUCCCCGAGAGUGAGUGUGAGGUGCUGUGCUAAGAGUCUGCAUGAUUACAUCAUCAUUUGAUCCUUUCAACACCCCCGCU